GUGCGGUUUAGUUUGCCAUGGGUUUAUACGACGGAUAAGGGUGGACAGAAUAUUCCGUUGAAUAGUUUCUAAUUUUUCUCCAUUUUAGACUUAGAAAUUAUUUUAUGGUUUUAAUACCGGACAGUUUCAAAAUUAUUUGCCAAGCUUCACUCUUGCGGCUGCUCCUGUGUUUAUGAAGAAUGUUGAUUUUUACUACUUCAAGGCAGGGUAGUAGCGGAUAGAGUAAAAGCUGGGAAUUCUUUCAUUAUUUUACAGUCAAGAUGCUGCCAUUAUCCAGCGGAUGAAGUGAGCGGCAAGUUUUUGCGGACGACUAUUCUGCAGUUGGUACAGAAUACAAGUUUCCCUUCGAAAUGGACCAAGAUAAAGUCAUUGAAGAACUUACCGCAGAAUUAAAAAAACUGACAGAGGAGUCAAUUCGAUUGGAAAAGCAAUUACAGCACUGUGAAAGAGAGUUAGCCCAACAAGACCGAGACGAAGUUGACUUCUAUGAAACGCUUCACAAAAUGCAGUUGGAGGCAGCCAGGGCGCGUAAUUAUGCCAUUCAACAAAGACUAGAUCAAGCAACGGCAGAAUAUAAUGAAAUGAGGAAGCAGCUUAAAAUCUUCUGCAAUGAGGCAGGCUUCAACAAAGGUCCAAAACCUCCAAGGCAGGAAGAAGUUGAUUAUAACUUUUGUAAAGCUAACCGUGAAGAUGAGAGGUGCAAAACACCUGAGCACGUAACCCCAUCUUACUGCAAAUUACGCCCAGAUAAAAGAUGCGAAAAAACUAUUUCUUUCUGUAAAAGAGCAUUUGAUGAUGACAGUAGAUGUCAGCUGCUUGACUAUGUAUUCUGUAAAAUAAAGCCAGAGCAUGAGAAAUGCAUCGCAGGUGAAAAUAUAACUAAAAGUUUCUGCAAACUGCGCGAACAUCCCCUAUGCAAAGCGACCGAUUCUUAUUGCAAAAGAUUCAAAGGAUAUGAUCCCAGGUGUGCAUCUGACGCACAUCUGGUCAAUCAUCUAUUUUGCAGAACCAAUAAAACUCAUCCACUAUGCAAAACACCGGAGAUAGUCACUUCCAGUUAUUGUAAAAGGCGUGAAAACGCAAAGUGCAAGAUAACAAAAUCGUAUUGUGAAAGAUUCGUCGGGUAUGAUGAAAGGUGCAAACGAGAACCAGAUGGUCCUCCUAAACCAGAUGGUCCUCCUAAACCAGAUGGUCCUCCUAAACCAGAUGGUCCUCCUAAACCAGAUGGUCCUCCUAAACCAGAUGGCCCUCCCAAACCAGAUGGUCCUCCUAAACCAGAUGGUCCUCCUAAACCAGAUGGUCCUCCUAAACCAGAUGGUCCUCCUAAACCAGAUGGCCCUCCCAAACCAGAUGGCCCUCCCAAACCAGAUGGCCCUCCCAAACCAGAUGGCCCUCCCAAACCAGAUGGUCCUCAAAUAUACGAUGGAUCUGGCGGACCUAGCAAUCAAUUUAACAUUCACUAUUUUCUGCAAACAUCAGAAAAUGGCUCUUCUUGCCAAGGGUGCAAGGAAAAGGAAAAUGGAGUGACUGAAUCUUAUCAAAUAAAAUUACGAGCAAGGACAGGUCAAAAGGUUUCCCCUUUCUACGCAGAAUCCAAACAUCCUCCCUCCUCCUAUGCAGAAUCUGAACAUCUUCUCUCCUCCUAUGCAGAAUCUGAACAUUCUGACCUUUCGUACGAAGAAUCUGGAAAACCAGGGUAUCCUACAGAUCGGAAAAGAUAUCAAAAGUUGAAUUUUGAGUUGUGUCGAAAAUAUGCAGAUCCCAGGUGUGCGUACAAUCGUGAUUGGUGGUCGCUUGACAGUUAUUGUAAAAUAGCAUACCAUCCCGACUGCAAGAAGACAGUUUCGUUUUGUGCUAAAUUCGAAAAAAAGGACGAGAGGUGUCGCGUGAUAGACCACAUAUAUUGCAAAAAUCAUAGGAACGAUCCUCGAUGCGCCUCAGCGGAAGUAACCGAUAGCUACUGCAAACGUCGUGCUGACAAAAAAUGCAGAAGAACAACCUCCUAUUGCCAAAGGUUUGCAGGAGACGACGAAAGAUGUCCAAAUAUUGAUCACGGAUGGUGUGCGAAAUAUCCUGAACAUGAAAAGUGCCAAGUUAGGUAUCCUCCUACUCACAGUGGUUGCAGACUUUUUCCUAAUCAAACUGCAUGCAAGCCCACCCUCUCUUAUUGCAGGAGAUUCUUUGCAAUUGACCAAAGGUGUCGUAAAGUUAAUCACACUUACUGCCUACUCAAGCCUAGUGACGAGCGCUGUAGGACACGAACGGAGGUGACAAAAAGUUAUUGUAGACUUCGACCCGAUUGCAGAUGCCCUUUGAACGAAUCUUACUGCAAAAAGUUUUGGUUUUUCGAUAUCAACUGUUACGUUUACCCUAAACCUCCGAAAGAGUUCCUUAAUGAACCCAGUGAGCGUAGUGAAUAUAGGAAGAAGAUUUAAGCAAAAUGAUUUUUGUACUGAAUUUUAUUUGAAACGUUAUGGGAUAAAAUCUAAAUUUUUUGAAAUAAAGUAGAUAACAUUCGAGA